CCUGCAACGAGUAUAUAAGUAGCAGACCCCCUCAUAUUCCUCCUUGCUCAGAACCCUCUUUCACCGACCACCAACACUUCCGCCCUCACAGGAUAUCACAGCGAUGGAGCCUACCAAUAAGGCGACUACCAACCAGCCCCAGGCUGCCAUGCAAAUGAGCGUUGUGAACCCUGCUCCCGCCAACAACACUCAGAACCAUGAGCAACAUCACGCUAAGCGUAUUCGCGGCGGAGGGGCUGCCAAAGAUUGCUUCCUUGGUGCCAUCGAGUGCUUCAUUUGUUUCGAAUGCUGCAAGGGAAUUUGUGAAUGCUGCGCUGACAUCAUUUGCUGCCCAUGCGAGAUGUGCUGCUGAACGAGCACGAGGGGCUCCAUGUAACUGACAGUUUAUUUGCUUCUGACCUCCACCCUGAUAACCCUUUCUUUUUUUUGUAUCUUUUCAUUAUGUCUGUUGACAUGACAUUUUGGCCUCACGUCCUGUGGAAUCAAAUACGGUUGUUGUAGCGCCAUUAGUUUUGGUGAAUUCUUUACGUUGUCUCGGAAUUGAUGAUUUUCCGAUCUGACUCUGUUGCGUCUGCCUCGGGUGUUCGCACGUUCAAUCCACACGUUUGAUCACCGAA